ACAAAAGGAAGAAAGAAAAGAAAAAUGGGAAAAGAUAAGAACAGAAGGAAGGAAGGAAGGAUGGAAAAAAGGAAAGGAUCAAAAUUAUUUCGAUGAAAACAAACGAAAGGAAAAUUAAUUUGAAAAGGAAGAAAGUAAUAGGUUUUAAUGAGAGAAGACCAAAAGGUGGAGGACAAAGAGAAGGAAGAGGAGGAGGAGGAGGAGGGGGAGGUGGUGGAGGAGGAAAUAGAGAUGGAGGUGGUGAAGAAGGUGGUAGAGGGGCAACAAGGUGGCAAGAAAGAAAUGGGUGGACGACGAAUAUAUCGAUUUCUUCUAGUUUCACGGGCAACGGACAUGCGUCGGCAUUCGGAACGUCGGCUGGAAGUCCGACGGUAAGAACGUAUCGUCGCUUUAUAGUUAUCGACUUCAAGUGUGAAGAACAGAAGCAACCAAUAGAGAUUUGUACGAUUGACACAGGAAAUCGCAGAAGACAGACAGAUCAUGAUGGUUUUAACAAAAUUACAUGCAUAAUUAUUAUAAUCGCGUGAGAAGAUAUAAUAAUUCGAUCAUUCUUAUUUCUAUCUUUUUCCCUUGUUCUUUUAUUUUCUUUUAAUUGUCCUUUUUUUCAACGAAAUCGAAGGAACGAGAGAAAGAAACAAAAGAAAAAAAAAAAAAAAGAAAAAGAAAAAGAAAAAGAAAAAGAAAAAGAAAAAAUGCAGCGUGUCCUCAGUUUUCAAAUGGCUCGUGGAUUCAGUGAAUCGAGCGAAUUCGUAACGAAACGCAUGUGUUUUUCGUUCCUUUUCUCAGUCGGAUUUCUUUGCCUUCUUUGCGGCUUCCUGCUUGGUCGUUUUGCUUCUGAAAGGUCAAUAGAAUUUCGGACUGAAAGGAAACGACUCGAAUUUGCCGGUAAUGGUUUAGAACACACGGAACAUCUUCGACAACUUUUACUUGAAAAAUUAGGAGAAACAACGUCCUAUGAAAUAAGUCGGUCAACAUCUAUCGUUAAAGAGAUAGAAACAUACAAAAUCAACAAAGAACUAUCCGAUUUACCGAUUUUUCAUCGAGUCAUUACAAAUGAUUCUUUCGUUGUUGCUACGUCCCUAGGAUCUCGAGAAUCCGACAGAUUCGUGAUUUUAUCCGCUAGCGGAAAUGGAAUCGGUAUUGCUUUGGAAUUAGCAAAAUUGUUAAAUCAAAUUCGAACGGAACAUAAUUGGAAAUCACGUCGUACCCUCAUUUUUUGUUUAUUCUUGGGUUCCUUAGAUAUUUGUCCGACUAUGAUGUCUAAUUUUAUACGACAUAAGAUCGUUGCGUAUAUCGCAUUGUACGACGACAAUUUGCAAGGUAAUGGUAAUUUUAUUUCUGCUGGAUCGGACGUGAUACAAUCCAUAAUUCUUCAAGAAAUUAAUAUCAUUAGAAAUUUAAAUUCUCCUCAAAAUCAUAAUGUAUUUAAUCUUAAUAAUGAGGCAUACCGUGAUGUUUUAUUUCCACGUCUUGCAUUGGAUAUUCCACAUGUUGUGUUUUCUUUUAUGAAAAAGAAUAAUUCUGUGAACAAUGAAAGUGAAAACAAUGAAAGUUUCAAAUUACAUCGAAUUCCUUUAACACAAUUAGUCGGUGAUACUAUUUGGAGAUUAUCUGAGAGUUUAGUCUUUCAUUGGAAUACAAAAUACUUUAAUGAUACUAUCGUCAAUGUAUUGGAAACCAUAAACAUAUCAAAGUUUCUUGAUAUCAAAGAUAAUAUUAAAGAAACAGUAGAACAAUUAAUGUCUAGCGUGCAAGUUCUUAACCAAAAGAUCGAUGCAACUGAUGGUAGCAAGUCCUUAGAUACAAGAAUAUUGAAUGACAUAUUAAUGGACUUAGACAGAUCUCUUUUAUGUCCAGAUAAAUAUUUUCGUUCUAAGACUGACUUAGCUUCGUUUCACAUUUUGUCAGAACAAUCUUCUGAUAUGUUGAGUUACUUAAGCGAAUUACAAAAAUGUUACAAUACUGCUGUCCAAUUGUUACAAGAAUAGUAAAAAAAAAACAAAAAAAGAACAAAAAAAAGCAAAAACAAAAACAAAAAGAAAA